AUGCUCUAUAUUUUGUCUUUUUAGGUAUGGAGAAUAGGGAAAAGAAAACAUUGAUAGGUUUUUGCUACUGAGGCGGAGAACGGAAGGUAAACGCCAAUGGCACCUUCUUGUACAACGGUGGGAUGUGUGUAGCAGUUCUACUUGAGGAAGGAAGUCAACUCAAUGAGUUACGUGAGAAGGUUUGUGGUGCCCUUCACAUUAAUUUCGAAGGUAAAAUGUUUUUCUAUAACACUAAGAGGGACAAGACGAAGUAUGUAACAUUGAAUGACGACAAUGGUGUUGCAAUGUUGUUCCACUUGAACGAAGAUGAUGUCGACUUAUUUGUAGAAGAUUUAGGCCAGAAUAAUGACCCUAUCCAUAAUACAGCUUACAAUUCAACAAGGGAAUCGAUGGUCACUGACAAUAGUAGCUCGCAUGGAGGAAUACUGGCACUACCUUCUCCCAGUCAGGUGAGCAAUAGUUGUAGCCAAGAGAUGGGGUUGGUGCCGUACUUGCCGGACAAUGCAAAUGAGAUUUUAACUGGGAAGGGUCAACUAUUUGAAAGCCCCGACUUUUUCAAGCAAUCAGUGUUACUAUUUGCUGCAUCCAACAAGUUCAGCUUCACUUAUUUGGAUAAUAGUAGAGCCUACUAUCGAUUGGUAUGUAAAGUACCAGGGUGUCCUUGGAAGCUGACUGCAAAAUGUGAGGGUUCAAGUGAUUUGGUUCGUGUCAUCAUGUUAAGGAAUGAGCACCUACAAAAUGCAAAAGAUGCUAGUAAUUAUAAGUUGACCUUUCGCAGUAAACAAGUGGGGUUGCUUUUCAAAAACCGAAUUGUGGACAAGCCUGAAUAUUUGCCGAAGGAUAUUUGCAAGGACUUUGAGCAUGCGUUCCAAUGUCGUCUGAAUUACAGUCAAGGUUAGAGGGCAAAAGAAAAGGCUAAGGAAGCCAUCACAGGACCUCCUUCGAUGACUUUCCACCUAGUCCCAUGGAUGUGUCGGCGGCUUGUUGAAGCCAUACCAAACAUUAGGGCAAUAUGGACGUCAACAGAUGAAGGCAAGUUCAAGCAACUUUUUGUUUCUUAUGGUUGCUCCAUUGCAGCAUUCCGAUCAGGUAAUCUAAGGCCAAUUUUGAAAUUGGAUGC